CUUUUUUCUCCGGGACGGAGCGGGAGUUACUGUGCCGAGCAGGUCUGGACGGGCUGCCCCCGGGGCCGACGUUCGGGGGUUAACUGCGCGGCGCCCGGUGCGUGCCGGGUUCCGCUGCUCUAGGACUGUGCGUCUCCGGAGGAGGACCCCGUAGGUUGCGGGGUCGGGGGGGCGGACCCUGUAGUUUAUGGGGUUCGAGGGGAAGGAAAGCUGCUCCCAGACCUACCCUCUUAGGGUUCCACGCUUUAGUGCUUUUCAUCCUCUGAGUUUUUUAUUCCGUGCUCGCCACAAGCUCCUUAACAGUGUAUCUCCAUGAAUAACUUAAAUAACCCUCCAAAUUGGAAUAUCCGGCCUAAUUCCAGGGCUGAUGGUGGUGAUGGAAGCAGAUGGAAUUAUGCCCUGUUGGUGCCAAUGCUGGGGCUGGCUGCUUUUCGUUGGAUUUGGUCUAGGGAGUCCCAGAAAGAAAUAGAAGCUGAGAGGGAAGCGUGUCGUCAGAGAACAGCUGCCUUCCAGCAGGACCUCGAAGCCAAGUACCAGGCCACAAUCUCAGAGAGUCGGCGUGCUGUGGCCCAGUUGUCCCUGGAGCUUGAAAAGGAGCAGAACAGGACGACUAGUUACCGAGAAGCCCUCAUCUCUCAGGGGCGCAGGAUGGUGGAGGAAAGGAAGCUUCUGGAGCAGGAACGGGCGCGGGUCCUGCGGGAGAAUGCACAGCCCCUGCGGAGGGCCUACCUGAGCUGCCUGGACAGGGAGGAGGACUGGCAGCGGAGGGCCCGGCUCCUGCUGCGGGAGCUGGAAGGUGCCCUCACUGAGAGGCAGGGCAUUUACUGCAGCCUCCUGCUCCCACGCCGCCGCCGGCUGGAGCUAGAGAAGAGCUGGCUGGUCCGAGCGUCCACGGACCCAGUAGCUGUGGACCUGGGGGUGGCGGCUGGCCUGGUUGACAUAUUCAAGCAUGACACGUACUGUGGUGACGUCUGGAACACCGACAGGCGCCAGAAUGGGAGGCUUAUGUGGCUGUAUCUCAAGUACUGGGAACUGGUCGUGGAGCUGAAGAAGUUCAGGAGCGCGGAGAAGGCCAUCCUGGAAGAGGAGGCCAGAGUGAAGUGACUCGAGGGUGGGCGGGCCUCUGGCUGGGUCAGUCCCUGGGACUGAUCCUCUGCCGGUGCCGCCCUGGCUGCGCCUGCGCACUCACAGCCACUUCUUCCGCCCCUCUCCCCCGAGCAGGACCUCAGGCCUUGGGAGACGGGGCUCCCGCUCCAUCCCCUUCCGCAGCUAAGGACGCAGAUUCUCAGAAGCACUUUUUACGCUGUCCAUGUUUUAUUAGGCAGAACAGUAUAACCUCCUAUUUCAGCUUUAGGAAAAAUUUAUUAGCCGUGAUGUAUAAUUAAAACACCUGCAAUUGAAAAGCAAG